CCUAGGUCCUUGAGCGUUUUCAAACUUUUAUUCCGUCGCUUUAUUCUUUUCACCUUUGAUUCGGCAUGCUAUGAGGUAACUACUGAUUUACUGGUUAUUGCUUGACAGCCACCAUGGCAUCCCAUACAAAAGACGCGCUUCUGUCCCGACGCUACAUCGAAGGCCAAAUCGCUGCUGGGAAACAUAUUAUCAUCUUCGAUGACCGCGUUCUCAAGGUCGACUCAUGGAUCAAGUUUCAUCCUGGAGGAGACAAAUCUAUCAAGCAUAUGGUCGGUCAGGAUGCUACGGACGAAAUCAAUGCGCUACACUCCGUAGAAGCUCGGCAGCGCAUGCUAGCUUUCCAGAUUGGCCGCAUCCAAGGACCGUGGGUGAACUUUCUGCCUCCGAUCCAGGGCGGGAAGUUCCGUCACUACGACGAAAACGCCGACAGCGAGGAAGAUGAUACUUCUGGCCAGUCCCAGCCUCCGUCGCCCAUUUUCGAUGCUGUAGACGCCGCUCCUGGAGUUCGUCGACAGUAUGCGUCCUCUGAAACCUCAGUCUCGACCCCCGCUAGCGAAUCAUCCGAACCAAAGCCCUUUUUCCUCGACGCUCGCACUCGGGAGGAAAUCGUCCUUGACACCGCCAAGUAUCCGUCUCUAGAUGCGAAAACUCAGCAGGAUAUUAAACGGAGAUAUCGCGAAUUGAACAAACGGAUCGAAGCGGAAGGAUUGUACGAUUGCAACUAUUUCUCAUACUUCAUCGAGGCGUGUCGAUACACUCUGUUUGCUGGCUUGUCAUACUUCUUCCUGCGCCUGGGGUGGUACUCGGUCUCUGCCGUUUUUCUGGGAUGUUUCUGGCACCAAUUGGUUUUCAGUGCACAUGAUGCAGGUCAUAUUGCCAUCACGCACAACUACCAAGUGGACAGCAUAAUUGGCAUACUUAUUGCCGACUUCCUGGGAGGACUCAGCCUUGGAUGGUGGAAAAGGAGCCACAAUGUGCAUCAUAUCGUAACCAACGAGCCCGAACAUGAUCCAGAUAUCGAGCAUAUGCCUUUUUUCGCCAUUUCCCAUCGCUUUUUCAUGAACCUUCGAAGCACAUACUAUGACCGCGUCAUGUACUUCGAUGCCUUCUCCAAUUUCAUGCUCAAAUACCAGCAUUACCUUUACUACCCAAUCCUCCUAUUCGGCCGCUUCAACCUAUACCGACUAAGCUGGGAAUACCUUAUCCUCGGCCAAGGACCACGAAAGGGGCCAGCCUGGUGGCACCGCUGGUUUGAAAUCGCUGGCCAAAUUUUCUUUUGGAUCUGGUUCGGCUACGGGGUCCUCUACUGCUCGAUCCCUACCUGGGGCAGCCGUCUUAGCUUCCUUUUUAUUUCUCACAUGGUCACUGCACCUGUCCACGUGCAGAUUACACUCUCACAUUUCGCCAUGUCAACUGCGGACUUGGGUGUCCAGGAAUCGUUUCCCCAGAAGAUGCUCCGCACAACCAUGGACGUCGACUGCCCGACCUGGCUAGACUUCUUCCACGGCGGACUUCAGUUCCAGGCCAUCCAUCAUCUAUACCCGCGCAUUCCGCGUCACAACUUGCGCCGCACGCAGAAGCUUGUUCUAGAGUUCUGCCGUGACACGGGGAUUCCAUAUGCGCUCUUCACUUUCACGGACGGUAAUAAAGAAGUCAUUGGUAGACUUGGUGAUAUUGCGAAGCAAGUUCGUAUCCUUGAAGAGUGCAGGAAAUCGUGUGCGCAACAGGGUGUUUUCUCGAAUCACCAUUAG